AUGAAAUUCCCGUUUCUUCUGAUUCUGACGCUUCUGAAUUGCUACGCGGCAGCUUCUGAAGAGCUAGACGCUUCUGGAAACUUCACAAUUCCACCAGUGGAGUCUUCCGAACCCCCGAAACCCUCCCCACCCAGUAAUCCGGACCAAGUAUCCUCAAAUUCCGGCCAAAUCAUUGCUCAUGACGUCACUGGAGAAGUUAUCCCUCCAGCUAUGAAGGCCAUUUCCAAAGCGUCUGCUGCGGAGCCAUCCCUCGGGCUCCAUGGGAUCACUGAGCAACAAUUGAACCUCAGAUACUACAACUUCAUCUGCUCCUCACAUUUUCAUCUGGAUUGUAAGCUUACUGAGACCCUCCAAAUCUGCAUGAAAGAUCGCUAUGUUGCUGUUCUAGGCCUCCCCUUGGCUUUUGACUCUGGAUCCGGGGAUUUGAGUUUUUUGAGCAAAUGGAUGAGACAAUGUGAUCAAAACGACCAGGAUCAAAAUCAAGAAGCCAUGAGAAUAAUUAGAAAACGCAUUCACUUCCAAAACGAGAACAAUUGGGAAGGAGUCUUCAAAUCCGCUGGAAUCGCGUCAAUCUUCACUGGAAUCUUUGUUGUGGCGCUCGGAAAUUUGCUUUUCUAA